AUGACCCAUCAAUCUAUGAAUAAUUUUAUAGAUCAAAUUUCAAAAAAUGAACAGGAAGAAUUAGAAUUAUUGUUUGCAAGAUCAAUUUAUCAAUGUGGUCUGUUCCUUUCAUUAACUGAAUUAAAGCCGAUGCAAGAUUUAUGGAAGAAAGCACGCCCAGCCUUUAAACUGCCUGGAAGAAAAAAAUUGUCAACUACAUUGCUAGAUCAAGUGUUUGAAGAAACACAAUUGGCAACAAGAAAUAGCAUUAACAAUGCAGAAUAUUUAUGUUUAAUAUCUGAUGGAUGGUCCAACUUGGUGCAGGAACAUUGGACAAAUUUCAUUUUGGCAACUCCCAAACCAAUUUUCUUGCAAGCACAUCCAACUGCUCAUAAUAUAAAUCUUAUAAUUCAUGAUAUAACAAAAUUAGACUGGAUAAAGAAAAUUAUGAAUGAUAGUAAAAAAAUCAUAAAAUAUUUUAAAUCUCAUAAUAUACCAUCAGAAAUUUUAAAACAUUACCAAAGGAGAGAUAACACAUUUGCAACUUCAUUAAAAUUACCUUGUAAAACUAGAUGGGGUUCUUCUGCAAUAUGUCUUGAAUCAUUGAUUAGAAAUCGGCUAGCAUUGGAAUUAACUAUCACAGAAUUGACACAUGAUUUAGAAAUUCAAUUAAAUCAAGAAAUUAAAGAUAUAGUUAAUAAUGGCAUUUAUCGGAAUAAUAUUAAUUUGGUUUAUGAUAUAUUAAAUAAAUUGGUUUUAGGUAUUAGAUUUUUUGAAAGUGAUGAAAUAAGAUUAUCUUAUUUUUAUAGCUGGUAUCAAAAUCUUUUAAAUAAUGUCAAUGAUGAUAUUGAUAAUAAUUCACAAACUGCCAUUAAAAAUAUACUUGUAAAACGUUGGGAUAAACUUUAUAAUCCAAUAAUGAUAGUUGCACACUUUCUCAAUCCUCAAUUUAUUGAAGAUGCAUGGUCAACUAUAGAUGAAGCAGAUUUGAUAACAUGGUGGAAAGGGAAUUUUUCUUUAAUUGCCCCUGAGCUGACUAAUCUUGCUGUACGAAUUCUUUCAAUCCCUACAUCUUCAGCAGCAUCCAAAAGAAAUUGGUCUGCAUUCUCAUAUAUACAUGAUAAAAAAAGAAAUAGACUAACAUCUG